AGGGCUGGAGGGGUGAAAUUUAAUCAGACGGAAAGCGAGGUCGUGUACUCGGGAAAAGACUCCGCGGUGUAAGGCGAGCGCCGGUGCCCGGCCGAGGUCAUGAGCUCGCCGGGAGGAUGAGGAGGACUGCGGGCAGGGCACGGCUGUGAGAGGAGAAGACGGGAUCCCGGGAGAGCAGGAGCCGGGCCUGGGGACCAGCGUGUGCCUUUGCAGCCAUCCCUGCUCGGGAGAGACGAGCUCAGGCUGGAACUGCCUGUCCAGUGAUUCCUGAGGAAUGAUGAGCCCAUUUUAGAGGAGCCGAAAGAAGCUUGACAAGCAGGAGGAGAAAUGAUGAUGAGAUCUGGUGGGAGAACCGGCUUCCAAACUACACCACUCAGAGGAAUUGCUUCUCUCAGCUCUGUUGAGGCCUCUGAGCUCUCACUGCGAGGGAGAGGACAGGGCCACCCUGAGCCAUGUCCAACGACCCACCGCCACCCUACCCGGGGGGCCCCUCGGCACCGCUGAUAGAGGAGAAGCACGGGCCCCCCUCUGCACCAGAGGGUGUCACCCCAGUGGUGGGACAGCCCCAGGGGGUUCCUAUCCCCCCUCCUGAGUUUGGGCCCCCCCCGUAUGAGCCACCCUCUCAGCCGGGGUUCGUGCCCCCCCACAUGCCCACGGAUGGCUCCGGGCCCUACGUGCCGCCGGCAGGGUUCUACCCACCCCCAGGCCCUCACCCCCCCAUGGGCUACUACCCUGCCCCAGGCCACUACCCCUCUCCUGGCGGCCACACGGCGACGGUGCUCGUCCCACCGGGAGCUGCCACCACAGUGACGGUGCUGCAGGGAGAGAUCUUCCAGGGUGCCCCUGUGCAGACAGUGUGUCCCCACUGCCAGCAAGCCAUCACCACCAAGAUCUCCUACGAGAUUGGGCUCAUGAGCUUCCUCCUUGGCUUCUUCUGCUGCUUCAUGGGGUGUGAUCUCUGCUGCUGCCUGAUCCCCUGCCUGUUCGAUGACUUCAAGGAUGUGACCCACACGUGUCCCAACUGCAAGGCCUAUAUCUACACGUACAAGCGCAUGUGCUAACAGCGCCCUGGGAGCCACUGGAAUGACACCGGCCCCUUCCCGCUGCCGUCCGAGUCUCCGCGUGUGCAUCCCUCCUUCGCUUCCCGCCGGUGGUGUGUGUGUGUUAUCCCCGGCUCCCUCCCGCUCAGAGCUGCCACCACCUGCCCCGAGCUCUGGUCCUCACUGGGAACAGCUGGAUUGGCGAUGCUGGUGCACAGGGGAGGGGGGCCCAGGCCCCAGAUGCUGUGGGAGGUGCCCUGCAGGAGCGGGGGCAUUGCUCUGCACCCCUUUACUCUCUGGAGUGUGAGCAAGGCCCCUCUCCCCUGCAGUAACCCCAGUGCUGGAGGGGCUCACCCCCGUCCCACAGCACAGGGGGUGCCUGGCUGCUGGGAUGUGCUGCAGCCACAGGGAGCCCAGGAGGGAAGGGGGGGGACCUGAGCAGCCCACGGCACACUCAGGGGACACAGCACAGCCCUGGUGGCACUUUUAGGAAGGGGCUCAGAGGGUAGUGCCACACACCAUGUUUCAGGGUGGUUCUCGGCCCCCUCCAGCCCAUCGGCAAAGCCCCUUCCCAAGGAGAGGCAGAGCUGCCUUUGAGCACGGAGAGGGGACCGGCAGCAGCACUGCACCCUUGAUCAGCACCUCCGUCCUGCCCCCGUGGCCGCUCCAGCUGCAUGUGCCCCCUCCCAGCCCCGCCGGCUCCGGGGCAGGGACAGCUCCCGGCAGCCCCGAUAGCCAAAACCACACCCGGCAUGUCGCUGCCUGCCCGGCACGUAGAGUAGAGGAGUUUUGUUACCAGGCCGCAGCUCCGGAGCCCCGCCCUGAGCCCGGCGGGGUCUGCGGGCCCCACCCCGCACUGCCCUGCGGGGUCCUCCUUGCAUGUGGGUGUAGGGGGUAUUUUUAGCUCACUUCAGUGGGGCAGAAGGAAGGGGGCAAGCAGGCAGCGACAGGAGCUGCCAGCAGCACCCUCACAGGCACGGGGAAGAGGACCUGGGAGCCAUGGUCAGCCCCUGGGGGCUGCUCCUGCCCUGCCCCUGCAGCCCCCCGAGCAGUGUAGGGGCAGGUCUCUUGGUACCCAGGUCUGCAAACACGGCCCAGCCUGCACAGGCAGCUGCUGUUUGCCCAGGGGUGGAACUGUGGCAAUAGUCAGUGUUUUUAUGUAAAUAAAUAACAGACCCUGAA